AUGGAUUGGGCAAUUACCGCAGCAGAAAAAAAACUUAAAAGACCAGAUGGAGGAUCUAGAUCAAUAAUAGAAAGUCUAAACCAAUUUAAUGAGGUUGUUAUAAAUGGAGAGGAGAAAUUAGAACAGGUUUAUAAAUUUACUUCUAAUUGGAUAAGUAAAGAUAUUGACUUUAUAACAAAUAGUAAAAAACAAAAAUUCGCUAACUUAUCUGAUACUGAUAUUGUUAAAAACAAGAAUGCUAACCAUGUUAUGACAACGCAAUUGCCAAAUAAUGAUCUUAAACAUGAACUCAAUGGUAAUAUUUUAAAAGAAACAAAAAAAGAGGAAAGAACACAGGACAUAAAAGAUAUUAUAUUGGGAUUGGAAAACACCCAGGACUCUAUACAAAGAUCCUCAUAUGCUAUAAGCCCUGAAAAGACAAUUUUGAACAGUACAAAAAAAACUAUGGUGCAUAAUAAUAAUAAUAAUAAUAAUAAUAAUAAUAAUAAUAAUAAUAAUAAUAAUAAUAAUAAUAAUAAUAAUAAUAAUAAUGAAGAAAAUAUUUCCAAAGAUAAAAAAGUUAUAAUAAACGAUAUUGAAAUAGUUAAAAAUCAGCGAAUAUAUAAUCCAAUAGUUAACAACAAUACGCACCUAAUAAAUAAUAGCAAUCAAAAUGCAUCAAAUAGAACACCAGAAUCAAUUAAAAAUGAUAUUAUUUACAAGAAAAACACCUUGUCUAACUUUGCAAAUAACACAUUCAAUACCACUCAUAAGGAAAACCAAAAAAAUAAUAAUUUAUUAUCAACAGGUAAAGUAAAAACAAAACAAUCGCAUAAUGCUUCCAUUAAUACAUCUAGGAAUACCUCACUGUUAUCACUAUCUUCUUCUUCUUCCCCCUCAAAAUCUCCCUGGUCACCAGAAAAAGUCGAUAAAGUGCUGAGGUCAGCUGUCAAGAAAAAAAAAAGUUCUUCGGUCAUAUCCAACAAUGAUAAAAACAACAAGAAUAGUUAUGAACAAAGUUCAGCUAUAAAGAAUAAACAUAGAGAAAGGUUAAAACGUAGAACUAAUUUAUUUGUACCCCUACCUGAUAAAAAUACACUGGUUUCAACAUCCUUAAAUGAUACUGCCAACGAUAACGGUUCUUCCCAUGAAGAAAAAAUAAUGAAUGCCAUUAAGGAUAAUACUAUACUUAAUUCUAAUUAUAAAACUAUAACUAACUCUAAUAGUGCAAAAAAUGAAAAUGGUAAUACCGACAAUACAGUAUCAACUACCAUAAUUACUAAUGCUUCUAAAAAAUCAAAAACUAUACCAACAAAUGAACAAGUUAAAACAAACGGCAACAAACAAAGUGAUUUAUUGGGUAUAUCUACUGAUAUUAAUAAUAAAACUACUGUUAAAAAACAUGACUUAACGAAAAAUAAUUAUAAAUUAUCCGAAUUAAAAACACAAAGCAACAAAAAGCGUACAAACAUUCAGCCUAGACUAAGUGUCUUUGAAAGGUUAAGUUCUUUAUCAACAAAGUCUUUUGAACACAAAUCAAAAAGCCCCAUAAAGAGGUCAACAACAUCCGACGUGAACAUACUUUAUUCAAAUAAGAAAAGGAAGAUAUCGAACACCAUGGGUAAUUUUCCGGAUACUAAAAUACCAUCCAUUGAGCCAUCCCCCUUAAAGAAAAAUAAAAACAAAUUAUUAAAAAAUAAAAUGGAGAGAAAAUCUUUGGCAUCAAUCGGUUAUAACAACAAUAGCAACUGGGAAUUAACAAAUACUGACAGUGGAGGUACUAUUAAUGCUACGAAUUCUAAUACCAGUACCAAUAAUAACAAUCCUAAAACCGAUUUACAAUCGCGGAGAAGUUUGAAAAUUACCAUUUCUAAAACAUCGAAAACUAGUUUAUCUCCGGUAGUUACUCAUAGUUUUGGCAACAAAAAAUUGUUAAAUAAAAAUAUCUUAUCACCAAUCAACAGAAAAAUUAAUAUUAUUAAUAAUGUGACACAAGAAACAAGUAAUAGUGAUAAAAAUAUUACGAAAAAGGGAUCACCCUUACGGACUACUAAGACCCUAAAGGACAAAGCAUCACCAUUUCAUGAACAAAGCCCGAAUCUUGUUAAUGUUAAUAAUAAUAUAGAAAAUACAUCUUUAGGAUUCGAAAAUAACAAUGGCAAUAAUGGCCCUAACAAAUAUAACAACAAUGACAGUGCUAUAAGUAGUACUAUAAAAUCAAGUAAUGAUAGAUUAACAAGGUUUCAAUUGCGUCAACAUUCUUCAGUGGCUAAUACUUCUCUAGUAGAUGAAAAAUAUGAUUUAAAAAAGAAAAUGAACAAGAGAUUAUCUGAAGUUAUGAAAACGCAAAUGCUACAAAAUGAGAAACGAAGAUUGGAACAAGAAAAAAGAAAAACUCAAUUAGAAGAGGAAAUAGUAAGAAGAAGAUCCAAAUUUUUAAUGAGAGAGUCCUUUACUAACUAUCAGUUUAAUAUUAAUAAUACUAACUUCAACAAUACCAAUCAAAACAACUCAAUCCAACAAGCAGUAACUACACCCAAAAUCCAGGAUUCAAUUUUGCAAGACAUCAAUUCUAAAGAUUAUAGGAUUAGAGUUGGCGAAGACUUAGAUAAUGGUAACAAACAAAUGUCAUUAAUGAAAAACAAAAAUAGAGAUUCUAUUGAUAGUUUGCCCGACAUAGAAAGUGAUUCUGAUAUGGAUAAUAAUACAAACAGUAACUCAAAUGUCUUUGCUUCUUGGGCCCAAGAACCCUUUUUACACCAAGAAUUAUUGAAACAAAAGAAUUGGAAUCCAAUUGAGAUAUUUGGACCGAUUCCACCUCUGCAUUUGGAUGAAAUUUUUGAAAAUUCAAGGCUUUCGAAAUUGAAAACAAGACAACAGCAACAGCAACAGCAACAGCAGCAGCAACAGCAAUAA